GGUAAGCGAAAAGGCUGGUGCGGUAGCUACAGCGUGUUGGUCUAGCUAGUCUAUGCAUACACACGGAUGGAGUUCGGCAAUAGUAUCACAAGGCAUCGGUAACAAAACACCUGUUGAGCUUCAAAGAGCUGCACAGUCAUUACAUUACCCUCACUUGACAUUCGUAACCUAGGCUGAGAGAGACAAAACACUGUUCGACCUUAGUCACCUUAUAUAAUACAGAAAGGAUAUGAGCUGAAAUCCUUCGGAAGGAAGGGGAUAUUUAUUUCCAAAAGCAGAAUAAUGAAGAAUUUGAUUUAGCAAGUCUUGCAUUUAUCUUGUACGAGGCCAUCAUGUCCCAUCUGCGCUCCGAAAUAUCCAAUAUUCUGAAUAUUGAUGGGAUGUUUUCUGCUGGUGGAACCUGCCCGAAAGCAAAGACCACGCGGGAGACGGACGUCCACAAACCCGUAUCUGACCCGGGCCCUUUCACCCCACGGGACCCUCCUCUGCCAAGUACCCCACAACCCUUCGCAGUCAUCAGUGAACAUUGGUCUGACAGGCUCCAACUCCCGCUUUAUGACGAGAAUGACAUGUUCAGCUUCGGGAAGGUUUACGAAGACGCCAUGUACAAGCUAAUCCACAAACACCUCGAGCUUGACACCCACGAUCGGUUUGCGUACGUCGGCAACAGCAAAGGCAGCUUCGCGGAAAAGCUUAAGGAAAAGUUCUGCUUACUUCAACCCAUGGUUAACAUUUACCCCGGGUUGAUUCACUACGAGGAAACUAGCAACCAGAGAAUGUUGCCGUUUAAGAUCAAACAUGUGGGCGCUGAGGAGUACUUUCGGCAGCUGUCGAUAGAUUUAGAAGAAGGCAAGAAAGAUGCGCCAUUUGAUAAGAUGAUGCUGAAAGACGCUUGUGAACAUUUUACGAAUCCGGAGGAGACAUUUGCGCAUAUUAUGAGAACGAUUUCUUCAUCAGGAAAAGUCCUAAUUAUUCAUCGGCCAGGACCUAUGAAUACGCUACCUUUAUUUUCAGAAGCAAAUAGACGUCUAGCCGAAGAAGAUAACGAUGAACCCUACACGAAACUAAUAAAAAACUUGCAGCGUAUCCGAGUCGACGUUCGAUGGGAAAUCGAGACGCUGCCGAUCGUCAUGCCGAAAGCAAAAUGGCUAGCUAUGCUACAGAAGAAGUUCCCACCACAAAUGGAGAUUGCUAGCCAAGGGCAAGUGCAACAGGGUGUACGCGAAUUGACAGAAGGGAUGCUGAAAUAUGCGGGAGAAACGGUCGAAUUCUAUGACCGUCUCCUGUUUAUCACUGCCUGUCAUCCUAUGGUCGACAGUGGAUAUCCGAGUGUCCAGAGAAGCGGCGCACCAGCAAUGCAACCAUACCCGGGAUUGCUGAAUCAGAAAUACACCUUGACCGUCACUCCAGAUAUCUACAAACAUUUACGAGAUUUGGAGAAGAAACCGGCUGAAAAGAAGAAGAUUAUCAGGUGAUGACGUAAGGAUGAUAACAUCAUUAUAUUUCCUUUCUUUGGUGUACUUUUUGCUACAGCAUGUCGAUAGAAUGUAAAAAUAUCAAAUGGAAAAAAACGUCCAUGAUUCAUAAAGAAAACACCAAAAUACCAACAAUUUUCCAUAUUUUUGAAAUUCGAAUCGCCAAAUGUCUUUAAAGCAAUAUAGGUGUAUUUUUUUUAAUUAGUAAGGGACUUCUAAUCUAAAGAUAAAAAUGAUACUAUUUAGUACACGCACAAAUUGCUUCUCAAAAUGACAGGAAAUACAAAUGCAUUUGUCUCUCUUAAACUCCACUCCAAAUAAAUGAAAGUAUCGUUAUGUUGUUUGGAAAAUUUCACUGUUGAAAUCAUUGUCUGUGUCUUCAAUGAAAAUUAAAAACAUUGCAAUCAUUUUUUCAAGUCAAAUGGCAUUUACAAUUUAGUAUCAAGGGUACAUAUUCUUACUUAGAGUAAAAACAGUAAGCUUCGAAAUCCAGGUGAGAUCAUUGUAAGAUCAACUGUAAGAUUUUGACGUUAUUUUUACAUAAAUAAAUCUAUUGCCGACCCAUAGAUUUUUUCACCGAAAACACUUAAAAAUAAUUCACUUUCUCUCUUUGAAUAAAAUUACAGGACAUAAAAUGAAAACAAAAAAUAGACGUGUUUACUGAUUUUAUACAUAUUUCUUGAACCAAAGUUACUCUAGACGACUAACAAGCUUGAAUGGGGCUUUCUACGACAUAGACAUUAGGUAUGCAAAGUGAAUUACAUUAAUAGAAAUACCACUUUGCGUAGCAAGUGAAUUAAAUAAUUGGUAACCGAGGAUUUGGGAGUGAAACAUACAUAAAUGUAAUAACAUUAGUAAACGGGUCUAUUGACUUACUAGGUAAAUCAGCAAUGUCAUAAAGAAAUUAGUGAAAUCAAUGAGUGUCCCGGAGAUGAUAGAUACAUUUACAAUCAUUAGUGACAAUGAAGAUUCUUUAUCACUCAAGUGAACGUGAACAUCUGCUGCUUUUUAACAUAGAGAAUCAAUAACGAUCCAUAUGACGAAUGAACAAAUGCGAUUGAUUAAAAGACAGAGUGAGGAUUUGAUUCAUUUGAAGCCAUGAAUUCAGCGGGGUCAAAGGUCAAAUUUAUUAUUCUUUCUUUACAUGUGAAGGUCUAACCUACAUGUAUCUCAUUAAAUAGUUUGCGGACCAGCAUACUUAUAUAAAUUAUAUAGAAUUUAAUGGUGUGAUGAGGAUUGCUUGAAAGAUCUUAUCAAGUGAGAAAUCAAUCAUUCAUGAUCUUAUUAAUAGGUCAUUUUCGUAAAGAAAUCAACUUUAAAAUCAAAAUGCUUUUUACAAAUUAUAUCAUUCACCAGGUGAAUCAACUAUUUGUAACAUUGCACGUAACAAAGAUUGAUACACUUCAUGUGAUUACAUUACGAAAGUGGCCUAUUGAGAAAGCAAACAUGGUAUGAAUUGUGAUAUCUACGUAUGACUUUUAAAAAAAAUCAUGUAUUUCUAAAAAUCCAUCACCAAUGCUAAAUAAAUCGUUCGUUUUUCUACGAACAACAACAAAUGUUUUAUCGAGUUAUUGAAUAUGUCUUAGUAUUUAUCAUUGUUAUGAAUUUAGGUUAUUAGCGGGUCGAUUCGUUCACGUUGAGUUUUUCCCGUUACAUCAGAUAUAAUCUGUAUUUUACCUGUAUAACAAAAAGCUGCAGGUUUCAAAAUCCGUCCAACCUUCAUUGUCACCAUUCAAAAAUGUAAUAUUUACUUCCAUAUCUUUGUGUGGAGUAAAAGAAUAAUUAGUAUCGUAUCAUAUGUUUUUUUUUCUUGUUACAAAAAGCUGCAGAUUUCAAAAUCCGUCCAACUGUCAUUAUUUCAUGUUAAAGAAGGUGUAUAUUUCAGAAAAUUGAUAUUUUUGCUAUAUUGAGCUCACUUACACGUACAUCGAUUGGCAAGAUUUUUGUAAUUGUUUUAUUGAUAUUUUGUGCAAACUAUUUCCAUGAGCAGAACACGUACAUGAGUUUGAUCAAAUUUAUAAUUGUAAUCCAGUAUUCCUAUUGUGCAAUCAAUGCUGAACUGUGUGUGUGUGUAAAAAUACCUGUAAAGGCUUCUCUAUAUUUUGUUAUCUCUUAUAGCAAACCUCCCUCUGUUGAUAUUUUUUGUAUAUAUAUUAUGUUUGCAGUUCGAAUUUACGAAUGUCUUGAUUAUAGCAUCCACAGAAGUGAACUACUGAAUCAGUAAUGGUUUAUUGCUAACACCCGUGAAGCCGGCGGAAACGUUUAGUUUGCUAAAGUGUUUUUGAAAAACACGGGCCAAUUGAAACCCGACGCUGGGCUUAAUGUUCAACUCGAGUUUAACAAAGGACAAUCUAAGGUCAAAGAUUUCCUUUGUCACGCCUGAUCAUAGACCCAUUUUCGGGUUUUUAAAACUGAAUUAUUAAAAUACGACCAUAGUCCAUAGAGUUUAAUGUUGCUGAUAUUAAAAGCCUUGCUGGGGGAACAUUUUAUGGCUCAAUUUGAAACGAUUCUCAGUGUAUGAAUCUCAUUGUAGAGAUACCGUUUGCGAGAACUCUCUGUGUCGUUAUAGUAAACACUUUCCAACUGUAGAAGUACACAAUUAAUAUUUAACGACUCUUACAUGUUUUAUGGUUUUUAAAACAUGAAUCAGACACAAAUAAAUAAGUGAAGAAGUAAAGCCUCACAUCUGGCUGAUGUCUGGCUCAUAAGCAACACAUUUUGAGCAACGUGAUCCCAUUUAUAAGUAAUAUCCAUGAAGUAAAACGAUAAUUGUUUCAUCACCUUUUUGGAAAUGAUACUGAUAUUUGCAAUAAUUAUUAGAAUGUUAAUGUUGACUCAUGUACUAGUCUCAAUAUAAGAGACAUCCUUUGCUAUAGUAAGUGAUAAGUGUGCUCUCUGAUUUUGACAUUGGGGUCUUUUAAUGCGUUUGAAUUUGUUUUUGAUUUGCAAUACGAAGAGAGAAGCCCACAUUCCAAGGUUUUAUUGUUUGUUUUCUCUUAUGGCAUUAACAUGUAUAACUAUUUGAUCAUUUUUUUUUCAUUCAAUAAAAUAGAUUAUAUAUCACUUUGGAAA